GUUUAACGGUCGCGAGAGGCCGCUCGCCCGACCCUGAAUUGGAUCGGUGGCCAGACUCUUGGGAGCUUAGGAUAUUUCACAGUUCUGAAUGUUAGCAACUGAAAAUGGUUAUAGACGAUGAAGCCUCUGAAGAUGACCCGGAUUCAGUUUCUUCAAACACUGAAAGAACCUACACUUUCAAAUAAGAGAGCAUAACAGUUUCAGUACACUAUGGAAGAUUUUGACUUGGUGAAACCCUCACAAAAAGCUUCAUCUUCUGUAGAAUUUGAUAUAAAAAAUUCUCCCUAUCCUCUUGGACCGAACUUAAAUACUAAUAGAAGUAGUCCCCACCUUAGUACAAAUGGGGUGUCCUCUUUCUCAGGGAAGACCAGACCGUCUGCGAUUGAAGGCAGCGCUGAAGUCCCAGCCUCUUUAAUGCAAGAGCUCCGGGACGGUGGGAAGGCUGACUCGGAACUGUGGGGAACCUGUGAGGCCAGGUGGCUACAGCUCCUCAGUCUGGUGGAGAAGCAGUGCCAGGAGCAGGUAGCCGCCCGGCAGGAGCAGCUCCGCAGCCAAGUCCGCCGGAUACAGGAAGAGAUAAAAAAUUUAGUCAAGUUACAGAGCAGCAAUGCUUCGUGGGCUUCCUGUGACAGAAGGUCUUUAAACAAACCAAUAGCUUCAGAAAGGCAAAUGGGUUUUUUUUCUGAAAACAGUGACAGAAAUGAAUCUGUUCUCAGUUACCCAAAGUCCAAAGAACCCGAAAUGCAGCAAGAAACCUCUGCAUCCCAGCCAGACUGCAGCGCGGACAGCGGCUCAGUGAGCAGUGGCUACGGGACCUUUUGCGUUUCAGAAUUGAACACCCACAGGCCGAAGGGUCCCCCAGAGUUCCUGGAGCCCGGGCCGGCCCCUGCCGGGCCCUGCGGGGUGCCCGCCGCCUGGGCCUCGUCCCCCAUGGAUGGCGUGAGAGACCAGCGUUUCUACAUACAUUCUCCCCAAGAGUUUGGUGCCUCCUUAAAGGAAGAUAUUGCCAUUUUUCCUGGUGAAUUUGAACACAGUUUUCUUGGUGAAAGUAAGAUUUCGGAAGUGUACAGUGGAAAAACAAACAGUAAAGCUAUAACAUCGUGGGCCCAGAAGCUGAAGCAGAGCCACCCGAAGGGAGCACGUGCCGAAGAGGGGUGUCCCAAACCCUUGCAAGGGACCGAGCAAACCCAGAAGGCACCCGCAGAGAAAUCGGAGUUCGCCACGCAGCCUCCUGCUUUUUACCUCAGUAAACCGGAUGGAAGUCCGAACUCUUGGACAUCUGCUUCAGGAGCAGGCCCUACGCACUGGAAGCUGGAGAAAGACCCACACCCUUCUCUACCCGAGGCUGCAGACAGUCCGGUGGCCCCAUCCUCCGCUGCUGGGUCCGCAAGCCAGUUUAAUACUAGUAAUGAGAUGAAGCUACCAUCACUGAAGGAUAUUUAUCAUAAAAAGCAAAGGGAAAACAAGCAGUUACCUGAGAGGAAUCUCACUUCCGCUCCCAACCCCGACCGUCCGCCCGAGGUCCUGACUCUGGAUCCGACGCUGCACGCGAGGCCCGGCCGGCAGGUUUCAGGGAUUCAGCCACCUGGCUUUUUGAACGCCCUCGUGGACAGAAUGGCCUUCUCGCCGGACUCUGUGCUAGAACCCAGCAUGUCUAGUCACUCCGACGUAGACUCGUUUUCACAAGCAAGCAAUGUCACUUCUCAGUCGUCUGGGUUCCCGAAAUACCCUCCAAAUACAAAAGCUUCACUGGUGGACUCGUGGAAAAAUCACGCGUUCCCACAUGAAAGCAGGACCAGCUCCACGUGUCCCUCAGUUUAUACUCUCACUAGUCAUGACAUCUCGGUCAACACGGUAGAAGAAGAAAACACUGUCAUGGUAACUCCAGCCUCAGUCAGUCAGUCCCAGCUUCCAGGUACAGCCAACAGUGUCCCAGAAUGCAUUUCAUUGACUUCCCUGGAAGAUCCUGUGAUAUUGUCUAACAUUAGGCAGAACCUGAAGGAAAAGCAUGCUCGGCACAUCGCAGAUAUUCGUGCUUAUUAUGAAUCAGAAAUAAAUAGCUUGAAACAGAAACUGGAGGCAAAAGAAAUGUCUGCAGCUGAAGAUUGGAAGAAAACAAAUCAAAUUCUCGUAGACAGAUGCAGCCAGUUGGAUGGUGCUCUGAGUGAAGCCACUAGUCGUGUGAGGACACUUGAAAAUAAGAAUAACUUACUGGAAAGGGAAGUGAGUGAUUUCAGAGAACGCCUCAGUGCAGCCAGCAGUGCCUCCAAAAUUCUGCAGGAACGGAUCGAGGAAAUGAGAACAAGCAAUAAAGAAAAAGACAAUACCAUCAUCCGACUAAAAUCUAGGCUGCAGGACUUGGAAGAAGCGUUUGAGAAUGCGUACAAACUCUCAGAUGACAAAGACGCUAGACUAAAACAGGAAAACAAAAUGUUUCAAGAUCUGUUAGGAGAGUAUGAGUCCCUGGGAAAGGAACACGCAAGAGCGAAGGAUGCAUUAAAUACAACAGAGAAUAAAUUGCUUGAUGCACAGACUCAGAUUUCUGAUUUGAAAAGAACGAUUUCAAAACUGGAAGCUCAGGUCAAGCAAGUAGAGCAUGAAAACAUGUUGAGCCUUCGCCAUAAUUGUAGAGCUCCCACGAGGCCCUCGCAUGCCAACACACUGGCCACCUCGGACGUCAGCAGGCGGAAGUGGCUCAUUCCGGGGGCAGAGUACUCCAUCUUCACGGGCCAGCCCCUGGACGUCCAGGACAGGACAGCGGCCAGCCGGCGGGAGGACGCCUGUGCUCCGGGGUACCAUUCUCCCCCGGAGAAGGAUUCUUCACCUGGAAGUUCGUCAGCAAACUUAUUUUUUAAAAAACAAAGAGAGACUUCAGACACCCCGAUCAUUAGAGCCUUGAAAGAACUUGAUGAAGAAAAAAUAUUUAAAAAUUGGGGUACACAGACAGAGAAAGAGGACGCUUCCCAUAAAUUAGUGAACCCCCAGCCAACUGAAACAGCUGCUGGUGCAAGUCGAUCCCCAGAGAAAUGUGCCCAACAAAGACCAAAGCGAGUUGCUUCUGCCUCACAGAGGUCGUCCUCUCUGCCGCCUUCCACGCGAAAAUCCAGCGCUCCGACCAAACGAGAGAUCAUGUUGGCGCCGGUGACUGUGGCCUACAGUCCCAAGCGGUCCCCUAAGGAGAAUCUGUCCCCAGGAUUUAGCCAUCUCCUCAGCAAAGCUGAGAGCAGUCCGAUUCGAUUUGAUGUACUUUUGGAUGAUUUAGAUACUGUUCCUGUGCCCGCAUCGCAGCGCAGCGACCCGAGAAAACAGCUCCUGUCGCUCCCUCUAGAUGACGCGGAAGAAAAAAAACACUUAGAAAAAGCCACCGACAUCCCCAUCAACCCUGGCUGUGCCCCGGAACCGCUGCCUGGCGGCGCGCAGGCUGCUGCGGUCUGGGCGGCCUGCGGGAAGGGCGAGCCGGACAGCGGCGCGGCACGCGCCCAGGACUUCGAGUACACGGCAAAGAUCAGGACCUUGGCUGAAACAGAACGGUUUUUUGAUGAACUUACAAAAGAAAAAGACCAGAUCGAGGCAGCCCUGAGCCGCAUGCCUUCCACUGGAGGACGGGCCACUUUGCAGACGAGGUUAAACCAGGAGGCCCUGGAAGACCGUUUGGAAAGGAUUAACCGAGAGCUGGGCUCAGUUCGCAUGACAUUGAAGAAGUUCCAUGUCCUGCGCACCUCGGCAAAUCUCUGAGGCGUGGCGGCGCCAUUACAAUUUGAGACGUUUUGUUUGCACUAAUAUAUAAUUAUGCACUAGGAAAAAAGGCAAACUCUUUUGUACUGUUUCUAGGCCUUCAAACCGUAGUUUUACAAUCAUGCUGUUCUUUACACUGCUGUUUUAUACUGCAAAUGGCCACAUAUUUUCAAGAUAUUUUUGUUAUGCUCAGGAAUCUCUUGUAUAUUUUACUAUUUAAAAAGUAUUAUUUUUAAAUAGUAUAUGUCUCCAGUUUAUAUCAAGAAUAAGGAAA